GCUCUAAAAGGCCGGGCUUCUGCUGUCAAGUAUCUCGGGUGGGCUAGACCUAGACGAGGAGGGGCGCCGGCUGGGAAGAUGCGCUCCCAGGUGUUUGCAGCGGAAGUGGGAAACCUGUAGGUGAUGGUCCAGCUGUGCCGCGCCGGGACGAGCAGGAGCAGGGAACAGAUAUCCACUUUGGAUCAUUUCUGAAGCUGAAUUCAGAAUAUUAAGGUGUUUAAUAUUACCCAACUGCCAUAAGCUAAAGCUUUUUUGAAAAUUGAACCUAACCUCUACUAAGCACAAGAUGAAAAUGUGGCUGCUGGUUAGUCACCUUGUGAUAGUAUCUUUUACAACCUGUCUAUCAGAGUUUACAUGGCACAGAAGGUAUGGUCAUGGAGUUUCUGAGGAAGACAAAGGAUUUGGACCCAUUUUUGAAGAGCAACCAAUUAAUACCAUUUAUCCAGAGGAAUCACCAGAAGGGAAAGUUUCACUGAACUGUAGGGCACGAGCCAGCCCCUUCCCAGUUUACAAGUGGAGAAUGAAUAAUGGGGAUGUCGAUCUGACAAGUGAUCGGUACAGUAUGGUAGGAGGAAACCUUGUUAUCAACAACCCUGACAAACAGAAAGAUGCUGGAGUAUACUACUGCUUAGCAUCAAAUAACUAUGGGAUGGUGAGAAGCACUGAAGCAACCCUGAGCUUUGGAUAUCUUGACCCUUUCCCACCUGAGGAACGUCCUGAGGUCAAAGUGAAAGAAGGGAAAGGAAUGGUGCUUCUCUGUGACCCUCCGUACCAUUUUCCAGAUGAUCUUAGCUACCGCUGGCUUUUAAAUGAAUUCCCUGUAUUUAUCACAAUGGAUAAACGGAGAUUUGUGUCUCAGACGAAUGGCAAUCUCUACAUUGCCAAUGUUGAAGCAUCAGACAGAGGCAAUUAUUCCUGCUUUGUAUCCAGUCCUUCUAUUACAAAGAGUGUAUUCAGCAAGUUUAUCCCACUCAUCCCACUACCUGAACGAACAACGAAACCAUAUCCUGCUGAUAUUGUAGUUCAGUUCAAGGACAUAUAUGCAUUGAUGGGCCAAAAUGUUACUUUAGAGUGUUUUGCUCUUGGCAACCCUGUGCCUGACAUCCGGUGGAGGAAGGUCCUGGAACCGAUGCCGAGCACCGCCGAGGUCAGCUCCUCUGGGGCUGUGCUCAAGAUCUUCAACAUCCAGCUAGAAGAUGAAGGCACAUACGAAUGUGAGGCUGAGAAUAUCAGAGGGAAGGAUAGACACCAGGCAAGAAUUUAUGUUCAAGCAUUUCCUGAAUGGGUAGAACAUAUCAAUGACACAGAGGUGGAUAUAGGCAGCGAUCUCUAUUGGCCUUGUAUAGCCACAGGGAAGCCCAUCCCUACUAUCCGAUGGCUGAAAAAUGGAUAUGCGUAUCAUAAAGGGGAAUUAAGACUCUACGACGUGACUUUUGAAAAUGCUGGCAUGUACCAGUGCAUAGCUGAGAACACAUAUGGAGCUAUUUAUGCAAAUGCGGAAUUGAAAAUCUUAGCUUUGGCUCCAACUUUUGAAAUGAAUCCUAUGAAGAAAAAGAUCCUGGCUGCAAAAGGGGGAAGGGUUAUAAUUGAAUGCAAACCUAAAGCUGCGCCGAAACCAAAGUUUUCCUGGAGCAAAGGGACAGAAUGGCUUGUCAAUGGCAGCAGAACACUCAUAUGGGAAGAUGGAAGCUUGGAAAUCAAUAACAUAACGAGGAAUGAUGGCGGCAUCUAUACAUGCUUUGCAGAGAAUAACAGAGGGAAGGCUAAUAGCACUGGGACUCUUGUUAUCACAGACCCCACGCGGAUUAUACUGGCCCCCAUCAACGCUGACAUCACUGUGGGAGAAAACGCCACCAUGCAGUGCGCCGCUUCCUUUGACCCUGCCCUGGACCUCACGUUCGUUUGGUCCUUCAAUGGCUAUGUGAUCGAUUUCAACAGAGAGAACAUUCACUACCAGCGGAAUUUUAUGCUGGAUGCCAAUGGGGAGCUGCUCAUCCGAAACGCCCAGCUGAAGCAUGCCGGCAGGUACACAUGCACUGCGCAGACCAUCGUGGACAAUUCCUCAGCUUCGGCCGACCUCGUCGUGCGAGGUAAAAACAGAAAAGAUGGAGAGAAAAACAUGGUGGAUCCUUUUCUCCCCGUCUGUGCGAGCCUGCCUCCAACCUGGUGAUCGUUGACACUCACCAUUUGUGUGAAAAUCUUUUUUUUUAACAUAUUAUACUAGAUUUUACUAAUAACUCAAUCUUGUAGCUUCUGCAGUUUCCCCACCCCGUAAUCUAGUUCUUAGAGGAUAUUUUUCCUUUUGAAACUUCUAAACAUACUUUGUGUAAAAAGAUAUUGAAAAACACAGUUAUGCAGCUUCACUAAUACUGAAACAUUCCUGGUGAACUAACCCAGUGCAUCAUAUAAUAGCCAAGUAAAAUUUUUGUGUUUUCCUGUCCUGUUUUUCUUUGAAAUUACAUAUCUCAGAAAUUAGUUCAUUAUUUGAAAAAAAUAUGAAGAGACUGGUGAAUUAAAAUACAGGAGUACUGCCACUGAAUGGACUGUUUGAUUUACCUAAGCAGGUAAUGAGCGAUGUUGUCACAUUGACUAAUGAGUCAUCUUAAUUAGGACAUCAGCUAAGGGGCAUUAACUCCAGUGGCCUUUGGUAUCCUGGUACCAUACGUAUUCUUUGGCAAGAAAGGUUAAAAAACAGCCGUAAACACUUGAAGACUGUUCGUGGCUCUGUAGGGUUUUUGGAAUAAUUCCUGGGGUUGGGAAGUGAAAAUAGACAGCAUGUGGAGAAAAUUAUCUCAAAAGCAAGAUUUAAGUGAAGAUGAGUAAGUCAUUAAUAGCAUGGAUUCAAAUUAAACUUGACUGACUCCUCCCAUCAGCCUCCUUAGAUCUUCUCAUGUUGAGUAAAGUUGACACUCUUACCAGAAGGAUUUGAACAGAAGUGAAGGAUUAAAAUUGAAGUAAAUACAAUUCUUUCUGGAACUGCUUAAAUGUCAUUGUUUGAAAAUACUUUCAUUUUUCCUCUUUGGUCAAAAAGACAUGCUUACAAUUCUUGUUUCUUCACAAGAAAUAAUUUUUCUCUUUUUAAAUGGGUUUAUGUUUAGGUAUGGGGCAUUAUAUGGAUUUUUCAUGUAUUAACUCUAGCAUUCCUAUCUGUGGUUGAAAGAACUCUUAGGAAAGCUCUGAUGAAUAUGGAUAUGACAUAUAUAUCCAUAUGAUGUGAAUAGUUUUUUAAAAAAUAAUUUAUUAGUUAUCUUAAAGUAAUAAAGAUCUCAAGAUAUUACCUAUUUCUUUCUUUUUAAGUUUUUUUUUUUUACUUUCUAAUUUCAAUUGUUGUCACAGAAGGAAUUAUCUUAAAAUUUAGACUAGAGAUCCAGAUCAAUUGCAUUUUCAUGUUAUUUAAAAUUAAUUUGAGGGUCCUGUGUGUCUGCAAACAUCAUCGUGGAGGCAUGAUGCGUGAACCCCAUCAUGGGCAUUCCCUUAUAAUUGAAAGUAUACAACCAAGAGCAGAUGGAGAUAGAGUUUGGAAAGAAAUACAUCUUAGAAAGGAAACCACCUAACAAGUGUGACUGGUUCCAAGAAAGGACGAGUCUUCUUGUUUAGAUGAACUGCAUCAACACUGCUUAGAAUCAUACAGAUUAAUUUAUCUCUCUUAGCUUUGUUCUUAUUUCUGUUUAGGAUCAAAGUUCACUUUAAUCAAUGUUAGAGAUUUAAAAACUACCAUGUUCUUAUUAAAUGUUAAAAUAUUUAACAUUCAGCUUUAUAUUAGCACAGCCUUGAACAUUGAUGAGACCAUACCACUUAGAUUUGUGUUUUAUAACCUUAUAAUUCCAACCAUUGCUUUAAUACUUCUUAAGGCAGGAAUGAACCUGCUGUAAUAAAGGGACUUUAAUUGACAUAUUUUAGAAAUGAAGAAACCCACUCUCCUAACAUAACUAAUGUUCUUUUAUAUUAUUAUUUUAAGAUUAUUUUCUUUUAGAAGGGAGGAUUAUUUGUUCUGAAAAGUUUUUUUUUGUGUCCUUAACAUUCAAACUUUUCCUUAAAAUUUGCUAUAGUAAAAAUAAAAAAUAAGCCACAGUAUACUUGUAUGUAGUGCUUUGCUUUGAAUUAUAUAUUGGGGAAUUGCAUGUGAAAAAAAUGGCAACACCAACAUGUCCUUGAGGCUUAACAUCAAGGUUUAAUUUAACAGUGUGUGGUAUGUGAAGUCCCAAUAAGACCAGUAUGCUUUUGUGUCUAGUUCCAAUUCUGGUUGUUUAGAAAUCCAGUCAGAGCUUAAGAGGGAGUAAGCACUGCCUAAGUAUUGGUACCAACUCAGGUAAUGAUGGGGGGGUUAGUCACAACUACUAUGCCCCCUGUUUAUUUCUGGAGGGUCUCUUUUCAAAUCUUCUAUCCUGUUUAUUAGAAAAUAAGCCUCCAUUAUUGAUUGAAAUCAUCUGGUCAGCUAGUUUAUAUGGUAUGAAUACUCAUUUUGAACAACUUUUUUUUUCUGGUUGCUUUUCCUCAAGUGUUUAAAUUCUUUUUUCAUUGAAUGUCCCUAAAGAGGAAAUAACAAAUUGAUAAAUAAUUAUAUUUCUGCUUAUUUUAACUUUUGACUACAUAUGAAUAAAAACUGGGUGGAAAUCACAUUUGUAUUUUGUUCAUACACAGAUAUUACUAAAAAUACUAGUAAAAUUCAGGAAAGAUUAACAAAUAUCUUCUGAUGAUCAGGAAAACCUUGGGUAUAUUGAGUAUGAAUAUAUAAAUGGGUGAUGUUAUCUUUACUUAUUUGUUUCUAAAUUAUUAUUUUUGGUAUAGUUUUUGAAAAAUUGGGCCCUGGCUGGUGUGGCUCAGUGGACUGAGUGCUGGCCCAUGAACCAAAGGGUCUCUAGUUCAAUUCCCAGUCAGGGCACAUGCCUGGGUUGCUGGCCAGGUUCCCCAGUGCAAGACACAAGAGAGGCAACCACACAUUGAUGUUUUUCUCCAUCUCUUUCCCACUCGUUUCCCCUCUGUCUAAAAACAAAUAAAAUCUUUUAAAAAAUAGUAUUAAAAAAAAGAAAAGUUCGUCUCAUAGUAAAUUGGGUUCAAAUCCUAGCCUUUACAUUUAUUUGCUGUGUGACUAUGGUCAUUUUACUUAAUCCAUCCCUGUCUCUGUUCACUCAUCUGUAAAAUAGGGAAAAGAAAAGAGCUUAUAUCAUAGAGUUAUUGAUAAGAAUUAUAAAAUAUUUAGCAAUGACUCCAAUAUAAUAAUAAUAAAAUAUAUCAUUUUAUUGACAUGCACACUGUAGAUUUCCUUUUUUGAUUCACUAACAUUUUGCAUCAUGUAAAUUUUAUGUUAUGAAUUCAUACUAAUUUAAAAAUACAGACAAAUUCAAGAGAACAACAGUAUCAACAUGUCAGCAUUCAGGCGGUGCUUUGCAUGUCUUUAGCAGACAGGUAUAUUUGGCUGCACAAUCUGAAUUUCAAAUGGGCUCAUUUUGGAUAAGCUUGCCAGGAAACACAGCCUCUUCUGACUGCAUGCUGCCACAGACUUACUGUGUGAUUCUGGCAAUAACCCUUCUGUCUUCAGUAUUCUAUGUAACGUGUAUAUAUAUUGGCCUAAGUGAACUCGAAAGUGUGUGUGAUCUAUGUUGCAUAUUGAAAUACUUCCAUUAUUUUCCCAUAGUCAAUGAUUUAAUGGUAAAAACAUUGAGAACCUAGGGGAAUUUAGGGAAAGAGAAUAUGGAUGUGGCAAGUGAGACUUUGCACUGAAUCUCAGAUGACAGGGAACCAUUCUGGUUUUUCCACAAUCCUUCACUAGGUAAGAAAGUAACCAAAGCAUGUUUCAGUAACUAUAGACUCCUGUUGCCUGACUCUGAAGAACUGCAAGGUAGAAACCUGGCACUAACAAUGACCUUGAUAGACCAUUAAGUGUUUCUCAUGGGUGAGAUUUUAUGGAGAUUUCUCAAUCAACAGUCUCUGAGAGGUGGUGACAAGCAAGUGAGGUGGAUUAAACUAUAUUCAUAAAAUCUAAAAACAAAAAACAUGCUUUAAGUGAAUCUUUAUCCCCCCCCCAUAUCUCUUUUUAUCUUUUUCUCAUUAUCUUCUAACUUCCUAACUAUUUUAUGGUAGGGAGAAGAACUGAUGAAAAACCUUCACCAGGACUACUCAUAGAAAUAUCCAAGGUCUGUCUCUUUCCCACAAAAAAAUUAUAGUGAUAAAAACGAACAAAAUGGAAGAUAAAAAUCAUUUGUCACCUACAGUACUUAGGCAUUUAAAAUGCAGGUCAAAUUCUAAAGCUUCUUUCUAUCUGACCAAUUUUUCUGUUUCACUCUAACUUAAAUUUGGCAUAAAUCACAUUUUAGCAAUCAUUAGCUGUGAGGACCACCUAGGAAACAGGGAAGAGGUGUUAGGAGAGUAAUAAUGAAAUAAUCUGCCUGGAACGGCCCAUUUGCUUACAUGUUUUCUGGCUUCGGUUCUCUCCUUAAAGAUGUCUUGAGAGUGUUUGCACAGUGAUGGGAAAU